GGGGUGUACUAGGCUUUGACUUUUAUACUACCAACAUAAUGCCUAUUAUUAAACUAUUCAAAAGAAGGAAACCCAAGCCUCAGAAUGUACCGACCGAGAGGAAUGAAGAGUCCCCAGGACAAUCCCUGUCUUCCUCAGGCAUUGGUCCGGAACAAAUGGGAAUUGUUAUUGCGAAAUCCACAAAUUCUGCAUUUCAAGAAGCCUGGGGCAAGCACUGGGCCGAGCUCGACGCAAGCGAAAAACGUGUAUGGAGUUUCCAAGGAGACUACUCUCCGUUAAAAGUGCAAAAGACCAUUGAAAAUAUGGACAAGGAGCACCGCCAACAGACAACCAGCAGAAGGAUAGCAGGCCCAGUUUUGAGAUUCCUCAGAGCUGUUGAAACAGUGAUGGCCGGUGUUACAAUCGGCAUCCAAGCAUAUCCCGAUGUCAGCUCAAUUGUCGUUGGUGUGAUUCGUGUUAUAAUCAAUGUAGCUGUGAAAUAUUUCGAGUACUAUGAAAAGUUGAGCAAAAUGUUAGAGGGCCUCGUGGAUGAUAUAGAAGUUUUGGAUAUGUUCACGCGAAAUAACGUGAAUUCGCCUGAAUUGCAUAAUGUUAGAAGUCAGCUCCAGACCUUAGUUGCUCUUUAUACAAAUAUACUGACCUUCUGUCGACAUGCGCGCCGUGUCUUCCUCAUCAAAGGGCAAGAGAGAGGUGCACGUGGUUUUACUGUCUUAGCAAAAGUUCAGUGGGCACCAUUUGAGGAGCAAUUUGGUGAGAUACAGUCAAAUCUAAGUCGCUACACUGCCAAAUUGGACAUGGUAGCUACAGCAAUUACAAUGAAUACGACUUUGGCAAUCAGUGAAGAUCUGAAAAAGACAUCUCCGAGCAAUGCUCAAAACGAAAGAAGAGAAUUUCUGGAAUGGAUAUGCGGAGAAAAGAUUGAGGAAGUACAUAAUAUGGUUCGUGAACGACGAAUAGCAGACAUUGGGUCACAUAUUUUCAGCAACAGACAAUAUCAGAAAUGGGCAUCAGAAGAGGCCACCGGGCCCUUAUGGAUACAUGGAGAAGCUGGAACCGGAAAAAGUGUCCUUGUGUCGAUGGUAAUAGACGAGCUCAGUCAAGAGAACGCUCAAAAAGACAACACAGUGGCGUAUGUCUACAUCAAAGGAGAGGAUACUGCGCUUUGCAAUUCACCUAGUCGGAUAGUCUCCAUGCUCAUCAAACAAGUCUGUUGGAAGCUGGACAAGCUCCCGGUCCAAACAUUAAAUUAUUAUCGCCAAUGCAAAAAAGACGCACGCAUUCCCGUUCUGAACAAAUUGGUAGCAAUGUUCAUGGAAUGUGUAGGCUCCCUGAGUCGCAUUUUCGUGAUCAUUGAUGCUUUGGAUGAAUGCGAAGAGAAAUCCCGAAAACCGCUAUUGGAUUUCAUUCGUGAAACAAGUCAACAGAGCAAUUGCAAAGUCCUCGUUGCGAGUAGACGGGAGCGGGAUAUAUUCCGGGCCUUUUCUCCUAUGAAUCCUCUAUACAUUUCGAGACAUAACUCGGAUCAAAAAGAUAUUGCUAAAGUUGUCAAAUAUCGCGUGGAGAAAGAACUGGGGCAUUUCAGACCGGACACUCAAGAGUACAUUAUCCAACAGUUAGUGAAGAGAUCAGGUAACAUUUUCCUAUGGGUCGACUUUCAGCUGAAAGACCUGGCACAAGUUUUUGAGAGUGAAGUAAAAAUUCAGUUAAACCAGCUCCCAUCCGACUUGCAUGAUACCUAUGUCCAGUAUCUUCGGAGGAUAAACAAGCAACCGAUCACAAGCAAGAAUCUCGCCCAACGUUGCUUUUUGUGGGCUUUUCAUACGGAUUACCUGUUAAGUGGCUUCGAAUUCAUAGAUGCAGUCAGUCUGGUGAAUGACCGUGAAAAGAUAAAGUACAACUCCUCUGAUCUAACACAGGUCACAAAGGAUCUCAUCUGGGUUACUGGCCUUGGGUAUCUACGUGUGAGGCCAGUUCAUUUUUCUUUCCGUGAAUUUCUGGUAGAUUCACAAUCAGAACUGCCCUUGGAUUUGCAAAGUAUGAUUCCUGAUCGCGAAACAGCGAAUGUGCGGCUGGCCAUUGAGUGCCUUCAGCACUUACUAGCGGACAUACCUCCUACCAACCUUUUGGAUACCAUAUUACCUUACUGUGGGAAACACUUUGACUCUCAUAUUCGACGACUUACCACAAUACCGGAGAAGAUUCUAGAAAUUCUUGACCGCAUCUUGUUAGAUGAAAAUGACAAACUUCUGAAAAUUCUAACCUGGCGCUGGGUGAUUGUGAUUGAUUGGCCAUCAUCGUUUAAAUCACCAGAUUCGCUACCUGACAUUGGGUGUAUCGGCAAUCCGCAAUUCAUUGAUCCUAGAUUCUUCUUGCGGUGCACAAAGCUGGAUCAGGUGCCUGCCAUCCAGGAGCGCUAUGCGAGAAUCGAGCGUAUUGAGACCUAUCCAGAUGACUAUCUACAUAUUGCAGCAUUGACGGGCUUGGAGGAUGUUGUCGGUGAACUGAUAGAGCGAGGCGUUGACCCGAAUAGAGAGGAUGCCGCUCACAUGACGGUGCUGCAAGCUUUGCCUGGUUGUGAUGUGGAGAUCUCUGAGAAAAUUGUUAUGAUGUUACUCGAGGCAGGAGCAGACCCCUACAAAACCACACCAGUAUCGUCAGAAAAAGAAAUCUCAGCCUAUGAAUAUGCUCAAGGCCGCCAGCAAGCAGAUUUCAUCCAGAUGCUGGAUAAGUUCAAGAGCUCGAAGAAGACUGAACGAUCAGGAUACGGUAUUGAUAACAAGAUGUCGCGCGAGGAAACUCCGACUUUGUAGAACACGAAAAUGGACAAGAAGACGAAGAUGAAAUAUUGAUAUACUUGCUUCUUAAAGCAUGAUGUAUCUUUGGAAGGAUUCCCAAACUAUUUAUGCUUGAGAU